GAUUGUCAAACCAUUUUGAAAUAACCAAUUACAUUUAGGAAUCGUUUCGUUGACAGUUGACAUCGUUCUCUGGUUCUAUUUAAAACUUGCCAACGAACGUGAUGUUAACUGCCAAACAAAAAUAUUUGUGGUAGAAUUUUAGUUUGUAGUAUUUAGUGUGGUAUUUAGUUUGAAAUAAUGAGUGUUAUAUGUGAAUACGUAUUAUUUUAUGGCCAAUUUAAAUAAAUUGCGAGCAAGUGUGUGUUUUAAAGUCGUAUAGUAUUUAAUUUAACGUAAUAAUAAAACGUUAUAAAAAUGGAAACAUCAAAAGAGCCUAUUAGUGUUAGAAUAUCACGGUUGAAUAAGAAUAUUAUUGCAAGACCUGAAUGCUCAAGCAAAGUAUCUUUACUUAAUAGGGAAUGUCUAUUAGAUGCUUUACAAAUACUAUAUGAUGAAUGUUCUGCAGAAUAUUUGCAAAAACAAGACCAAAAUGUUGCUGAUUUUGUUAAAAAGUAUGGAACCCCCAUGAAGGAAAUAAAAAAAUUACGCGUUAACAUAAGCGAUUUUGAAAUUAAACAUAUUAUAGGAUGUGGUCAUUUUGGUGAAGUACAUGUUGUGAAGGAAAAACAAACAGGUGAUAUUUAUGCUAUGAAGACAAUUAGAAAGUUUGAUAAUGAAACCCAAAAGAUAUCGUUCAAAGAGGAAAGGAAUAUUAUGGCAUUUUCAACUUCUCAGUGGUUAACAAGUUUGCAGUAUGCAUUUCAGGAUAGUUCAUAUUUGUUUUUUGUUAUGGAUUAUCAUCCCGGAGGCGACUUGUUAGGACUUCUUUAUAGACAAGGGGGUACACUGCCAGAGAGUGCUGCAAUUUUUUAUUUAGCAGAGUUAAUUUUAGCAUUAGAUGAUCUUCAUAAUAUGGGAUAUGUACAUAGAGACGUUAAGCCAGAUAAUAUUUUAUUAGAUCGUUGUGGUCAUCUAAAGCUAGCUGACUUUGGAUCAGCCGCAAAGUUAGAUAAAAAUGGUUUGGUUAAAUUAGGUCCACCGGUAGGAACACCUGAUUAUAUUGCUCCAGAAGUACUACAGUGCCUUGAAAAUAAAAAUGAAAAAGGAUCAAGCUAUGGAAUUAGCUGUGAUUUUUGGUCAGUUGGCAUAUUAGCUUACGAAAUUACUAUUGGAUGUCCUCCAUUUCAAGGUCAAAACACUCCUACUUUGUACUCAAAAAUUAUGAAUUCUUCAAAAAACUUAAAAUUUCCACCAGAUGCACUUUUGAGUCAGGCAUAUAUAGAUUUUAUUAAGAGACUUGUUACUAAUUCCGAAACUAGACUUAAAGGGAAAGAAAUAAAAAAUCACAAUUUAUUUAAAAGUACAAAUUUUGAUUCUUUGCACGAUCAAGUUCCUCCGUUUGUUCCCAAAAUAAAAUCUUUUGAGGAUACCAGCAAUUUUAGCGAUGUGGCAAGCAAAAAGAGGAACCCUAGUAUGGAAAACUUUAAAAAGAGGUCUCAUUUUUCCGGUCGAAACUUUCCAUUUCUUGGAUUUACUUUCACUCACGAUCCAUAUAUCCCAAAUGAUUCAAUUCAUCACAGAGAUUUCACUAACUCUAACGAAAACAUGAAAAUAGAACUGGAUGCAUUAAGAAUGAAGGUAUCUAAAAGUGGAGAUUUUAACCAAGAAAAAGAGAAUCUUGAAAGAAAACUUGAAGAAAAAUCUAGGAAAUUAGAGAGUAUCGAGGCCUUAAGAGACAAGCUGGAAAAAGAUUUGGCCAGCAAUAUUGCCGAACGCACUGCUCUUAAAAGGACGUUGGAAUUGGAGCGUAAAGAAAGAUUAGCCUUAGAGAAAGAAGCGGUGGAUCUGAUCAGAGGUGCAAAAGAGAAAUGGGAGAUUUCAGAAAAAACUAUAACUAACGCCCUUAAUCUAGAAAUUGCACACCAAAAAGAAACGAUUUUACAUCUUACCGAGACAAAUAAAACUUUAGAAGAACAACUUCAGCGCGCUUUAAAAACGGAACAUAAAAAUAGAAUGUCACUGGAAGUCGUUCAAGAUUUAAGUAGGAGAAGCGUAGUUAGCCUUGAAAAUAGGCUUGAAAAAAUUACUUUUGAAACGCAGGAAAGCUUAACAGAAUUGCAAAGUAAGUUGGUGGGAGAAAUGCAUAAUAAGGCGUUACUAGAAAAUCAGAUCGCUAAUCUUGAAGAAAUUAAUACUGAUUUGAAAGAUAAAUUGAAGGAUUAUGAGAAAAAUUACAAUAAACUCAACGCUCAGGUUAACGAAGCAGAAACUAUAAUUAAGGAAUUAAGUAAUCACGUAAAUAAAUUGGAAAAGGACGUCGAACAAAACGAAAUGUUUAAAUCAGAGAUUAAAAAAUUACAAAAACAAAUCAAGGAUGAUCAAAAAAUAAUUAGGGAUGUGCAAAACAAAAAUGAAUCCCUCCAAAAGCAGAACGAAACUAUUCAUCAGUACAAAACUGAGAUAGAGGAAUUGAAACAAAAUAUUGUUAAGUUGAACAAUGAUAAAAAAGUUAGUGAACUGGAAGAACAGAUACAACAAGAAAGAGAGAAGUCAGAAGAUUUAAAGAAAAAAUUGGCAGAAAUGGAAUGUUCUAAUGUGAAACCUCAGGAACUAAGGGAGAAGCAAUUGCAAUUCUGGAAACUGGAGAAGGAACUUUCGAAUUUCAAAAUUGAUAAGAGAAUUCUAGAAAGGGAAUUGAAAACAGCUCAGGCUGAAAUUAAACAGCUGAACGAAAAAAAUUUAGAAUGGGAAGCUAAAUUCAAUGAGUAUAAAAAAUGCCAAGAAUCAGCUUUACUUGAGAUCGCAAGUAUUAAUGAGAGCAUUUCUAUAGAACUGAUGAAGUACAAAGAAACUAAUAUAAGUUUACAGGAACAAUUGAAGUAUGAAAAAGACAAGACUGAAACAGAAAGAGCUUUUAUAAACGAAUUGAAGAACAUUAUAAAAGAAAAAGAGGAAAAAAUAAACACAGUUGAGAAUAAUUUGAAGGUUCUUAAUGAUGAUAUGAAAACGUUGGAAGCAAGGUUCAAAAAGCAGGAACUGGACAAAGUUAAAAUGAAUGAAUUAAUUGAAGAAUUACAAAAGGAAAAGAAACAGUUCAACAACGAAUCCGAGCAAAGCAAAAGGGAAAUCAAAAAUAUUAAUCUGAACAUUAACGCAUUACGUGAAGCGUGCGUCUUGUUAGAGAAUCAAGUUGUUGAGUACGAAAAACUUUUAAAUUCUGCCAAGGACAGAGAGCUAGAAUUAAAAUCUAAUACUGAAAAACUUAUUGCUGAUAUAUGCCAGUCUAGAUUAGAGACUCAGGAAGCAAAAAAGCAAGUUAAUGAACAAAAAUCACUGAAAGCUGUUGUUGAACAAAAAGUAAAAAGAUUGGAAGAAGAUAAAAAGUGUUUAGAAAACGAAUGCAACGAUUAUAAAAUGCAAUGUAUGGAUUACAAAACAUUUUCCUCUAGUUUGUCAGAACAAUUAAUGAUUUCAGAAGAGAAGCUUAGUAAUUAUGAAGUUGAAAUAAAAUCGCUUGAACGGCAAAUUGAGAAGUUGGGUUCAGAAAAUAAGGCUUUGAAGGAAGAAAUAUCAGAUUGUUUAACUAACAUGAGUACAUUAAAAGAAUCUAAUUACAGAUUAAAAUAUCAUUUAGACGAUUUAAAGAAAGACAUUGAAGAAUUGGUUCAAAAAAUUAAGGAUUUGGAAAGAGAUCUGCAAGAAAAAAGCAGUUACUAUAAAGAAAGAGAACUGAAAGCAGAAUCCACUAUCAAUCAACAAAUUAAAUUGAUAGACUUUUUACAAACAAAGCUGGAUGAGCAAAAUCAUAAGAAAAAGAGCAUUGCAGAAGUUAUUUUUGGAUCGUCCAAAAAAGAGAAUCAGCCACCUUUAAAUUUAGCUAUGAAUUACAAAGAUUUAGAAUGUCAACUUACAAAAGAAAGGGAACAAACUAAAAAACUUAAAGAGGAAGUUUUUAAACUAAAAGCAGCUACGUUAAGUGAGAUCCAUACAAAUAUGUUAGAUAAAAAAAUUAAAUUGGCAACAUGUUCAGGAAAUAUAAGCUCUAAAAUCGAAGAACCUACAAGUAAACGUGUUAAAUCUCCAACUCGUCAGAGAAACUCAAGUAACACUCAACUCGUCAGUAACAAUUCAGAAGGAAGUGGUCAAAACCAUAAUAUAAUUCAUGCUACAGAUGAAGCCAAAAAGAGACAUGCAGUGUUUGAAGGAUGGGUGAAAAUACCAUGUUCUAAGGCAAGAACGUGGAAUAAACGAUAUGCCCGUCUUACUGAAUCAUCGUUGGAUGUUUUUAAUUUAAACCCAAAAGAACCAAGCUCUUCCCUUUUGGAAUCUUUUCAACUGACUUCUGAUGAUAGCUAUGGGAAGAUGAUUUCCGAACCUCUCAUAUCUGAAAUUGAUAUACCAGUAGCUGCUAGUGAUCUUCCAUUUAUAUUAAAAAUUGAAGUAUGUCCUAACACGACUUGUUGGCCCUCAAAGAGUAUGACUUUGAUGGUGUCAAGUGCCAAAGAAAAAGAUGACUGGAUUAAAGCUCUGCAGAAUUCUAUGGUGUUAAAACAAGAAAAUACGAAGUUUGGGACCAUAUUAGAAUUGCCAAAUGAUCUAGUAGUAAAUUGUAUUGUUGAUUUGACAGAAGCCAUAAAACUACUGGGCACAGACAAAGGCUUAUAUUCAUAUUAUGAAAAUAAAUUGUGUUUCAUUGAUGGUCUUAAAAAAAUUGAACAGAUUGUUCUUUUUGCACCAUGCAACGCAGUGCUUAUGAUUGCCGGAUUGAAAGCCGAAUUGGUGUUGUGUGACAUAAAUCAUAUAAUAAACUUAGCACAGUGCGGCCCUAGUAUUAGGCCGUUUUUAAAGCAUAAAGUUAUAAAUAUAAAAAAUUUAAACGGAUUUCACAUUAUACAAGUAUCCAAGCAUUCUCAGCAAGUGAAAAUUGCCGUAGCUAUAUCAAAACAGCUAAUUAUUCUCGAGUAUUCCUUUGAUACCACAGAAUUUAUUCCAAUUUGGGCGUUCGAUACAGCACAGCCUACAAGUUGUUUACUUUUUACAGAACACAGCCUAAUAGUUGGCGCGGAUAAAUUCUUUGAAAUAGACUUAAAUUCCUUUAAAGCUGAAGAAUUUUUAGACGUGUCUGAUACAAAACUGAAGCAAGUGUUAAAAUGUUAUAAAAUUGGUAGCUUUCCCAUAAGCAUUUUAGAAAUCUCUAACAAUCCAAAAGAAUAUUUGGUAUCGUUCAACGAGUUUUCUGUGUUUGUGGAUGAAUAUGGGCGCUCCAGUAGACAAAAAGAACUAAAGUCUAAUCAUAUACCUCUAGCAUUACAGUUAAUUAAGAAUUACCUGUAUAUAAUUCAAUUUGCGGCUGUAGAGGUUUUAAAAAUUACAGAAAAUAGUUGUAAUUCAGAUUUUCUAGAGCCUUACAGACUGGAUAUGUUAAGAUUUAGGUAUAUAGGUUCCAACAGGAAAGGUGUUUUUCUGGAACAGGAUCAUCGUAUAUUGUUUUUAAAUGCCAGAAACUUGCCCGAUUAUGACGCUGCCUCUAUUAUUUCUACGGAGACCGGGUCUGAUGCCGAAAAUGAUUCGAAUGAUAGUCGUUUUAGCUUUACUAGUUCUAUAGUACAAAGUUUGGAUGGACACUUAAGCGAUUCAGCAAAUUCGGAUAGAUCUCAAACAAUGAAGAGAAAGGUAAAAUUUGAUCAGACGGAUUUAUAAGAGAAUCUAUUAGUAUAUAACAAAAUGGUCAUGAAUUUUGAAAUGGUACUUCUCCAAAGAAAUAAUUUAUCUUCGUAUAUUUAUGUUUAUUAUUGUGUUUGUGUUUUAACUGUACUUAACUAUAAAUAUUUAAAUUUUGUAAUUUAUGAAUAAUUAUUUUUCUCAUACUAU